GACAAAGCUAUUCCAGCUUACGACUAUUGCAGAAGAUGCAGAUGUUUCUAUCGAAUGUAUAAAGAUGGCCAGUUCAUCUGCGGGUUAUUUCGCAACUCGGCGACAGCCCGACUCGUCGUCGAGUCGCAGUCCACCAAAUCACCUCUCGGCCGAAGAUGACAGCGAUAACGAUGAUCCCCAAGCUGUACUUGCAGACGAUCCACUUGACGAAGACAGCCCAAACCACUUCUCAUUUAAGCGCAAACAGAAACAACCUGCGACGUCGAAUUUUCUAUCUGCAUUUACCAAACCCAGUAGUGGAUCCCAGUCGCGGCAUAACACACCAUCACCAAGAGGAAGCACAACAAGCCCAGGGAAUGGUCGAGCAUACCCAAUAGGAAAUAAUUCACAACAUAGUCCUAAGCCUAAAGAUGGAGGGCCAUUGGACUGGUAUGUUGAGGGGCCAGGGCGACGGGUUGGAUAUGAGGAUAUGACAGCUAUUGAUUGGAUCUUUGAAUACACGAAAGAACGACAAAGACUACGGACGUUAUACUCGAGCGCAACAGGAUUGGUUGGAUAUAUACAACAGCUUUUGGAUGCAAGUCAGAUAUGGAUAGUUCUUGUUCUGACUGGGCUGGCAGCAGGCGCAUUUGCAGCCGGAAUUGAUAUUGUCACGGAUUUUCUGGCAGAUUUAAAGACGGGAUAUUGUCGAGCUGGAGAAGACGGAGGUCACUUUUACCUUAACAAGUUCUUCUGCUGCUACGGAUAUGACAGUGUUGCCAAGUGUCGUGAUUGGAUACCGUGGAGUGUUGCGUCAAACAUUGGUUCAGUUGGUGGGAAAUGGUUUAUAGAGUAUUUCUUUUUCAUAUUAUUCUCACUGUCUUUUGCUUUUAUUUCAAGUGUUUUGGUCCAAGAAUAUUCUUUAUAUGCGAAGCAUAGUGGUAUUCCUGAGAUCAAAACGAUAUUAGGUGGCUUUGUGAUUCGGCGUUUUAUGGGAAUCUGGACAUUGGUUAUUAAGUCCCUUGGACUGUGUCUAUCGGUUGCAUCUGGAAUGUGGCUUGGUAAAGAAGGCCCGCUUGUACAUGUAGCAUGUUGCUGUGCAAAUGUUUUCAUGAAAUUAUUUGUCAACAUCAAUGGUAACGAAGCUCGAAAACGUGAGGUACUUUCAGCGGCCGCGGCUGCUGGUAUAUCAGUUGCCUUCGGGUCUCCCAUUGGCGGUGUGCUCUUCAGUCUAGAGCAACUCUCAUACUACUUUCCCGACAAAACUAUGUGGCAAAGUUUUGUCUGUGCGAUGACGGCUGCAGUAACUUUACAAGCAUUGGAUCCUUUUAGAAGUGGAAAGCUUGUUCUAUAUCAAGUUACUUACAGUACAGGUUGGCAUGGAUUUGAAAUGAUACCCUAUGCUUUUCUAGGUAUUUUAGGGGGAAUAUACGGCGGACUGUUUAUCAAAGUUAAUACAAGCAUUUUUCAAUGGAAGAAAACUGCUACUUGGCUUCCUGGACCGAUAACACAGGUUAUGAUCGUUGCCACUUUAACUGCUUUAGUCAACUACCCAAACCUUUACAUGCGAACUCAAUCUUCUGAACUAGUUUUCUCCUUAUUUGCCGAGUGUUCAAAGCUUACCGAUGACCAGUUUGGAUUAUGCAAAACUGGUGCUGCUACUAUUGGAACGAUAUUUUUAUUACUGUUUGCAGCUGUACUGGGCUUCUUCUUAGCAUCCAUGACAUUUGGACUCCAAGUCCCAGCAGGAAUCAUUUUACCUUCAAUGGCAGUAGGGGCGCUCUUCGGUCGUGCCGUUGGCAUCCUAGUCGAGAUAUGGGUUCACAACUUCCCCAAAUUCUUUGCAUUCGCCACCUGCGAGCCAGAUGUUCCAUGUGUUACUCCCGGCACAUACGCGAUUAUUGGAGCUGCUGCUGCGUUAGGUGGUGUAACUAGAAUGACAGUUUCAAUUGUCGUUAUUAUGUUCGAGCUUACCGGAGCUUUAACAUAUGUUUUACCAAUUAUGAUUGCUGUCAUGAUUAGUAAAUGGGUUGGCGAUGCUUUCGGCAAGCGUGGAAUAUAUGAAAGCUGGAUUCAUUUGAAUGAAUAUCCAUUCUUGGAUAACAGUGAUGAGACACCCAUACCUGAUAUAUCGGUUCGGCAAAUUAUGACUCGAAUUGAAGAUCUUGUCGUGCUUACCGCUACUGGUCAUACUAUUGAAUCUUUGACCAAUGUUUUGGCAAGUCAUCCAUAUCGCGGCUUUCCUGUGAUCUCGGAUCCUAGAGAAGCUAUAUUAUUAGGAUACAUAUCGCGAGCGGAACUUCAAUACAAUCUCAGAAUAUCCACACAAUCCCCUCGAUCACUUCGGCCUGAGACGGAAGCAUAUUUUUCACAUCAACCAUUUGCGGAUCCACGAACAACACUUGAUCUUCGACCAUGGAUGGAUCAAACACCUAUCACUUUACCUUCACGCUCAAACCUUCUUCUCACGGCAAACUAUUUUCAAAAGUUAGGUGUUCGAUAUGUUCUUUAUUGCGAUCGAGGUGUGUUACAAGGAUUUCUGACGAAGAAAGACGUCUGGUAUGUAUUGAAUGGUGCAGAAGAAACUAGAAGAACGAAUGGACAGGAGGAUAUGGGUAUGGAGACGGGGCUUGCAAGAGAAGCAAGAACAGGGGAACAAAGAGGAUUAUUGAAUGGUGAUGAAGAUGAAUUGGUGCCGUUAACACCUUCUCAUGACCAUGUAUCAAUGUUAUAGUGAAUGGUACUUAGACUAAUUGAAAUUUUACACUUUUUUCGACCAAGUACUGUGGCUGUUAAGUGUAAUCUCCCAUUGGUCAAAUUCGCAAAUGGCCUCGUCACAUUUUGAUACGACAGGCUUUCCGCAGGGUCAAUAUUGGGCUGUGCUGCAUUGUUACACUGCUUAUGGAGGGGUAGCUUCCACACAUUUUUAGACGUCGUAGCUCUACAUCACUAACUUCGCUGAGCACGUUUCGAAGAAUGAUAUGAGCAGAUUCGUACGACUCUAUCUUAUGGGGUUGUAUUGAAGAAGACAGCGAAGCAGAUAAUCAUUAUUUGAUUAGGUCAAUAUAUUAUACUGGAGUCUUUCGCAAUAGUCGGCAUAGAAACGAAGCCUAAAUGUUUACUGGACUCCACUAUUAGCUCGGCAUCUUCGUUAGUGCAGUGUAUUGACCCCUCUUAACCCCUGAACCGUAUCUUUGUUGCCGUGAUCAUCCGACUGACGGUGUACGAAGCUCAAAUGUUCAUCUACA